GUAAAAUUUACAUUAAGAGUGAGUUAGCAAAAGACAUCCGGCUCCAUUUGAUAUAUUUUUAAAAAAACACACAAAAAAAACACGAUAACAAAUAGAGUUUUCUGGAUGAUCGUCUUAAAUAUACGAUAUUUUUUCCAGCAAAAUCUGCUUUCGUCUUGUUAAGUUGACUGGAGGGUGAAAACAAAACCAGUUCUUUCCUUCAGUAUGACCAGCAAAACAACCACUUAUCGACUGUUUGAGGGUAAAGACCAUGCACAAUUAUACGCAAAAUAUCGACCGUCGUAUCCCAAAGAACUAUACGACAAAAUAAAAGAUUAUUGCCAGCAAUCAGACGCGACCAAAUUAGAUGUAGCUAUCGACGUUGGCUGUGGGAGUGGACAGAGUACUCUCCCAUUGACCAACAUAUGUAAGCAUGUUAUUGGGAUAGAUAUCAGCAGAGCACAAAUCGCAGAAGCUAAAAAAGUCGCAAGUGAUAUUGACUUUAGAGUCGGCCAAGCCGAGGAUUUGGGUUUCCUUGGAGAUGGAACAGUAGACCUCGUGACUACAGCUACAGCCAUUCAUUGGAUGGACAUACCUACAUUGAUGGGGGAGGUGAGCCGCGUGCUGCGACCAGGAGGUGUAGUAGCUGUGUAUUCGUUCGCACCCGAUGUUAUACACAACAAAGAAGCACAUCAGCUGGUAUGGGAGGAUUUCUUUAACGGUACCUUACGUGGCUGUGGGAGUGACGCACACAUUCAUUACAUCAAUGGUUUAGCUUUGAUAGACCUCCCGUUCAAAGAUGCUAUAAGACUGGAACCUUUAAUGACCGAGAGGGAAGUUGAUGUAGAUUUCUUCAUCGGCUUCAUCAAGUCCUGUUCUUCCUGGCAGGUUUUCCAAAAGAAGAACCCCGAUUCUAAUGUGCUGAUUGACUUAAGGCUAAGAUUGAGGACUCUGUAUGGAGACAGCACUUCCGGCGAGGUCCGUCCAAUGUCCUUAUCCACACCAGUAUAUACCCUGCUGGGAAGGAAGGGGAACUUAUAGUCCGCAACAAACGUGUAUUACAACUACUGGGACGGAAGGGGAACUUAUAGUCUGCGACGAACGUGUAUUACAAAUUACUGGAACGGAAGGGGAACUUAUAGUCUGCGACAAACGUGUAUUACAAACGUGUAUAUAUAUAUACUGCUGGGAAGGAAGAGGAACUUAUAUACCGCAACAAACGUGUAUUACAACUACUGGGAAGGAAGGGGAACUUAUAGUCUGCGACAAACGUGUAAUACAAAUUACUGGGACGGAAGGGGAACUUAUAGUCCGCAACACACGUGUAUUACAACUACUGGGAUGGAAGGGGAACUGACAGUCCGCAACAAACGUGUAUUACAACUACUGGGACGGAAGGGGAACUUAUAGUCUGCGAAAAACGUGUAUUACAAACUUGUAUAUAUACACUAUUGGGAAGGAAAGGAAACUUAUAGUCUGCGACAAACGAAUAUUACAAACUACUGGGACGGAAGGGGAACUUAUAGUCUGCGACAAACGUGUAUUACAAGCUUGUAUAUAUACACAGCUAGGAAUGAAAGAAAACUUAUAGUCUGUGACAAACGUGUAUUACAAACUUGUAUAUACACUAUUGAGAAGGAAAGGAAACUUAUAGUCCGUGACAAACGUGUAUUACAAACUUGUAUAUAUACACUGCUGGGAAGGAAAGGAAACUUAUAUUCAGCGACAAACGUGUUUAACAAACUUUUGUUGCUGUAAUCCUUAAUACAUGUAGUUUGCAUUUUGUUUAAAAUUUCAUAUCGAUUGGUACAUUUUAGUACGUAUCAAUAGAGACAUGAUAAGAUCGGGUGAUGCAUUUAACAGCAUAUGGCUGUAUAAUAUAACUCCUACAUUUGCUGCUACAGGCUGUCACAGUGAAUCAAUAUGAUGUAUAUAUCGUAAACACAGUUUAUGCCCUUUGUAUAUUUUGAUUAUAUGCUUUGUGAAUAAA